CAGACGCCCCCGCUUGUUUUGGUUGGGGCUCUCGGCACUCUCCGAGGAGGAGGAGGAGGAGGGAGGAGGGGGAGAAGUAGCUGCAGAGGCAGCGCCUCCCGGGAAGAGGCGUCUUCCCCGACUCCUUCCCAAACCUCCUCCCUCGCCUCCCGCCCUUGUCCCCUCCUCUCCUCCCCUGCCGACUGGAGCGAGGGGCAGGGGUGUGCCUGUCCCUCCGGCGCGUCCCCAGCUCUCCCGGUUGCCUAGUAGCGUUUCGCGUGGAAAAGCCACUUUCUCCGCCUGCCGAGAUGGGCCCGAAUGGGGGCUGCAGAGGACGCGACUGCGGGUGGCGGCAGCAGCAGCAACAGCCGCAGCGCCGCGGUCUCUGCGAUUGAGCUGGUAUUUGGGCGGCUGGUGGCGGCGGGGACUGUUGGGGGGUGGGAGGAGGCGGAGGAGGAGGAGGGAGAACCCCGUGCAACGUUGAGACUUGGCAGCUCGCCUCCCCCUGCCCAAGGAUAUUUAAUUUGCCUCGGGAAUCGCUACUUCCAGAGGGGAACUCGGGAGGGAAGGCGCGCGCGCCUGGAGGGGCAACCUGGGGACCCCUGGCCGCUGUCGCCUGCCUGCUCGGGACUCCGGCUCGGGCGGGGAGAGAUGCAUCUACACUCCUUCCCAGAGACUUGGCUCUGUGAGGAUCCGGGCUGCACACCCGCCGGACGCACUGCCUCUCCCCCGGGUGUUUGCAUGAAACGCCCGUAAACUCUGGCCGGGGCUCUCUCCUCGUCGUAGCCGCAGCGUCCUGCUUGGGCUGCCCCUUCCCAGCGCGGGGGGGCGGCGUGGAUUUCGGAGUCGGGGUUUUGGCCGCCUCCAGCCCUGUUUGCAUGCGCGGGGCCUCGGCGAGGAGCCUCCGCCCCCCACCGGGUGGUUUUUCGGCGCCUCCCUCUGCUCGGCGGAGGUGGUGGCGGCAGCAUGGCGAGCCCUACGGAGACCGAGGGCUUCUCGGACGUGCGCAAGGUGGGCUACCUGCGCAAACCCAAGAGCAUGCACAAGCGCUUCUUCGUGCUGCGGGCGGCCAGCGAGGCGGGGGGCCCGGCGCGCCUGGAGUACUAUGAGAACGAGAAGAAGUGGCGGCACAAGUCGAGCGCCCCCAAACGCUCGAUCCCCCUCGAGAGCUGUUUCAACAUCAACAAGCGGGCUGACUCCAAGAAUAAGCACCUGGUGGCCCUCUACACCCGGGACGAGCACUUUGCGAUCGCAGCGGACAGCGAGGCCGAGCAGGACAGCUGGUACCAGGCCCUCCUGCAGCUGCAUAACCGCGCCAAGAGCCACCACGACGGGGCUUCGGCCCCCGGGACAGGAGGCGGCGGGGGCAGCUGCAGCGGCAGCUCUGGCGUUGGCGAGGCCGGGGAGGACCUGAGCUUCGGGGACAGCAACCCAGGGCCCGCCUUCAAAGAGGUCUGGCAGGUGGUCUUGAAACCCAAGGGCCUGGGUCAGACAAAGAACCUGAUUGGUAUCUACCGCCUCUGCCUGACCAGCAAGACCAUCAGCUUCGUGAAGCUGAACACAGAGGCGGCCGCAGUGGUGCUGCAGCUGAUGAACAUCCGGCGCUGUGGUCACUCGGAGAACUUCUUCUUCAUCGAAGUGGGCCGUUCCGCAGUGACCGGCCCCGGGGAGUUCUGGAUGCAGGUGGAGGACUCGGUGGUGGCCCAGAGCAUGCACGAGACCAUCCUGGAGGCCAUGCGGGCGAUGAGCGAUGAAUUCCGGCCUCGCAGCAAGAGCCAGUCUUCCUCCAACUGCUCCAACCCCAUCAGUGUCCCGCUGCGCAGGCACCACCUCAACAACCCUCCACCCAGCCAGGUGGGGCUGACCCGCCGCUCACGCACCGAGAGCAUCACGGCCACCUCUCCAGCCAGCCUGGUGGGCGGCAAGCAGGGCUCCUUCCGUGUCCGCGCCUCCAGCGACGGAGAAGGCACCAUGUCCCGCCCGGCCUCGGUGGACGGCAGCCCUGUGAGUCCUAGCACCAACAGGACCCACGCCCACAGGCAUCGGGGCUGCUCGCGGCUGCACCCCCCACUCAACCACAGCCGAUCCAUACCCAUGCCUUCUUCUCGCUGCUCGCCUUCUGCCACCAGCCCUGUCAGUCUGUCGUCCAGCAGCACCAGUGGCCAUGGCUCCACCUCUGACUGUCUUUUCCCGCGGAGAUCUAGUGCUUCUGUGUCUGGCUCCCCUAGUGAUGGCGGUUUCAUCUCUUCCGAUGAGUAUGGCUCCAGUCCCUGCGAUUUCCGAAGUUCCUUCCGCAGUGUCACCCCAGAUUCUCUGGGCCACACCCCACCGGCCCGCGGGGAGGAGGAGCUGAGCAACUACAUCUGCAUGGGAGGCAAGGGCGCCUCCACUCUCGCCGCCCCCAAUGGUCACUACAUUUUGCCUCGGAGUGGCAAUGGUCACCGCUACCUCCCAGCCACGGGCUUGGGCACGAACUCGGCCCUGGCUGGGGAUGAAGCAGCCAGCGCUGCAGAUCUGGAUAAUCGGUUUCGCAAGCGGACUCACUCAGCUGGCACCUCCCCCACCAUUUCCCACCAGAAGACCCCAUCGCAGUCCUCCGUGGCUUCCAUUGAGGAAUAUACAGAGAUGAUGCCUGCCUGCCCACCAGGAGGUGGCAGUGGAGGCCGACUGCCCGGCUACAGGCACUCCGCCUUCCUGCCCACCCAGUCCUACCCUGAGGAGGGUCUGGAAAUGCACCCCCUGGAGCGCCGCGGAGGCCACAGCCGCCCAGACACCUCCACCCUCCACACGGAUGAUGGCUACAUGCCCAUGACCCCAGGAGUGGCCCCAGUGCCCGGCAGCCGGAAAGGCAGUGGGGACUACAUGCCUAUGAGCCCCAAGAGUGUGUCUUCCCCGCAGCAGAUCAUCAACCCCCUCAGACGCCAUCCCCAGAGAGUGGACCCCAAUGGCUACAUGAUGAUGUCCCCAAGUGGCAGCAGCUCCCCAGAUACUGGGGGUGGGCCCAGCAGCAGCAACAGUGCUGCCCCUUCUAGGAGUAGCUAUGGGAAGCUGUGGACAAAUGGGGUUGGGGGCCACCACGCCCACCCCCUGCCACCCUCCAAACUACCCUCGGAGAGCAGUGGUGGGAAGCUCUUGCCUUGUACAGGUGACUACAUGAACAUGUCACCGGUGGGGGACUCCAACACCAGCAGCCCCUCUGACUGCUACUGCGGCCCUGAGGACCCCCAGCACAAGUCAGUUCUCUCCUACUGCUCAUUGCCAAGGUCCUUUAAGCACACCCAGCGCCCGGGGGACCUGGAGGAGACCGCCCGGCACCAGCACCUCCGCCUUUCCUCCAGCUCCGGUCGCCUUCUCUAUGCUGCAGCAGCCGAAGAUUCCUCCUCCUCCACCAGCAACGACAGCCUGGGUGGGGGAUACUGUGGGGUGAGGCCCGAGCCCAGCCUCCCGCAACAUCUCCACCAUCAGGUCCUGCAGUCCCAUCUGCCUCGAAAGGUGGACUCAGCUGCGCAGACCAACAGCCGCCUGGCUCGGCCCACGAGGCUUUCCCUGGGGGACCCCAAGGCCAGCACCUUACCUCGGGCUCGAGAGCAGCAGCAGCCGGCCCUACUGCUUCCUCCAGAGCCCAAGAGCCCAGGGGAAUAUGUGAAUAUCGAAUUUGGGAGUGAUCAGCCUGGCUACUUAUCUGGUCCCGUGGCAUCCCACAGCUCGCCUUCUGUCAGGUGUCCAUCCCAGCUCCAGCCAGCUCCCAGGGAGGAAGAGUCUGGCACUGAAGAGUACAUGAACAUGGACCUGGGGCCUGGCCGGAGGGCUACCUGGCAGGAGAGCCCUGUGGUCCAGCUGAGCAGAGUGGGUCCUGCACCUCCAGGGACUGCCAGCACAUGCAGGCCUACCCGGGCAGUGCCUAGCACUAGCACUCGGGGUGACUACAUGACCAUGCAGAUGGGUUGUCCCCAUCAGAGCUACGUGGACACCUCUCCAGUUGCCCCUGUCAGCUAUGCUGAUAUUCGGACAGGCAUUGUGGAGGAGGCGAGCCUUCCCGGGGCUAUAGCGGCUGCUCCCUCCUCAUCCUCAACAGCCUCUGCUUCCCCCACUGCGCCUCAAGGAGCAGGGGAGCUGGUGGCCCCGCAGGGGUCCGGGGGCACGAGUGCCUUCACCCGGGUGAACCUCAGUCCCAGUGGCAACCAGAGUGCCAAAGUGAUCCGUGCAGACCCGCAAGGGUGCCGGAGGCGGCAUAGCUCCGAGACCUUCUCCUCCAUGCCUAGUACCCCCCGGGCCGGCAACAUGGUGCCCUCAGGGGGGGCUGCAGUAGGGGGCAGCAGUGGAGGCAGCAGCAGCAUUGAGGAUGUGAAACGUCACAGCUCUGCUUCAUUUGAGAACGUGUGGCUGAGGCCUGGGGAGCUCGGGGGAGCACCCAAAGAGCAGGCUCAAGUGUGUGGGGCUGCAGGGGGUUUGGAGAAUGGUCUGAACUACAUAGACCUGGAUUUGGUCAAGGACUUUAAACAGCACCCCCAGGAGCACCCCCGUCAAGUGCAGCAUCCCCAGCCCCCAACCCUUCGUCAUCCUCCGGGCAGCAGUGAGAGCAGCUCUACCAGCCGCUCCAGGGAGGAUGUAAGCGCCUAUGCCAGCAUCAGUUUUCAGAAGCAGCCAGAGGACCUCCAGUAGCUCAACUGAACAUCACAGCAGAAUGAAGACCUAAAUGACCUCAGCAAAUCCUCCUCUAACUCAUGGGUACCCAGACUCGAACUAUUUCAUGAUUCACAACCAGGACCUCACAUCUUCCUCCUCUGUAGAUGGUACGAUGCAUCCAUUUCAGUUUGUUUACUUUACAAAUCCUCAGGAGUCCGUUGACUGAACUGCACGUUCUUUAUUGUGCCAAGCAAAAAAAGCACUGUGACACCGGGACAAUGAGUCUGCAUAAAUUUCAUCUUCAACCUUAAGGACUUAGCUGGCCACAUGAGCUGCUGUGCCCCCCACCAUGCUGCGAGAGAAUGGGUUUCCUCUCAUCACCAUCUACACGAUACAUUUCAUCUGCUGCUGAAACUGUGCGACAGAGCAUCGUUGUAAAUUAUUUCACACAAAACGGUUCACGUUGGGUGGAAAGAGUGUUAAAUAUUUAACAUAGGUUUUGAUUUAUAUGUGUAAUUUUUUUAAUUAAAAUGUAACUUUUCUUACAGCGCACAUUUUUUUUUUGGAUGUGGAACUGAGGUAUGCAAUGUUCUGUUGUAAAGAGUGGAGCAAAUGCUUAAAACAAGGCUAACAAGAGUAGACUAGGGUACAGCCCUUGUUUUAAGAUUGUAACUCAGAAAAAUAAUAUAAGAAUCAUAGUGCCAUAGGUGGUUCUCAAUUGUAUAGUUAUAUUUGCUGAAACUAUCUCUUGUAUUAUAGCCCUGGUGUUGAGUUGAGAUCCUUACAAGAAUUGAUCUUAAUUUUAUAUUUUUCCUGUAAGGCAAUAGGCCAUGUUAAUUGAACUGAAGAAGGGUAUAUAGUCUACUGGGUAUUUUCGAGUGUCAGCUUAACAUUGGCAAUUGAAUGGAAGCCGAAAGAUAAGAAAAGGAAAUCAAAGUCUUCCAUUGUACAUACUGUACAGAGAAGGAGACAUGGGCAAUCCCUUCAAAUCAAAAGCUCUCUUUGGAAUGAACAAUGUGGGUGUUUGUAAAUUCUGGAAAUUUCUGUCUGUUCAUAAUAAACUAGAGACUGUUGAUCUUUUCUUCUCCCCUCCCCCCACUUCUGUAAGCUUCCUGCUACAUUGCACCAUUUUCUUCUGUGCACACAUUAGGAUGUUUCAUUUCCUAUACUGUCUCAAGAAAGAUACUAAGACAAGUGAGUACUUGUCUUUAAUUUCUAACCAGAAAUUAAAAUUCCAGAAACUGUUUUAUUUUUAUUUUUGUCAUGACCAGAACUACAUGUCACUUUCUUUAAGAGCUUAUCUCAUGCUUUCUGAGAACUUCCAGUGUUUCAUGAUUUAACUGAAUGUAAUUUGGCCCAUUUGCCCUUGUGGGUACUAGGCUAUUAGUGAUUAGUUAAUAAAACCCAGUGUACAGAGAGCCCAUCAAAGCUGAAUGACCAGCUAUUGAAAUAUCUAGCCAGCAGUGAAAAUGUUAAUCCUUUUCUUCUUUGGAAAGUACUCAUAUCUUGGAAUUUUUCCUUUGGUAAUAGAAAAUGGCAAUGAACUUAAAGGUAUUGCCGACAAAGUUUUUAACCUUUUUACCAGGAAACUUCCUAUAAGUGAGUAAUGCCAACAUCAGGCUCCCUCGGAGUCUAUGUAAACUCUGUAUCAGAAAUUCCCAGCCCUACUGUUGAUGGAGCAACAUUUUAUUUUUCUGUAGGAUUGUGCUCCCUGGGCAGGGGUGGGCUAAAGGAAGGGGCCAGGGUUGGGGGUACUGUACUCAAAAGGAAGGGGCGAUAAAUGGAACCCCUCACACUGUUGAGGCCCAUGUUACUGCUAAUUCAACUGGAUGGCCUGUACCUCACAGACUGUUGUACAAUGUUCAUUGUUGCAGAUUCUAAUCAUUUGCAUGCUCAUCAAUUUCUAAGAUAAAUAGGUCUGUAGUCAUAAGAAUCCAUUGUUUUCAAGGAACUUGCUGAAUUACAUCAUUUCCUAUUAGGAGAAAACACUACCAAUUAUAAAAAUCUGAUAAGAACUUUUUUUUUUUUACUCUCUUAUGAAAAACACUUUGUUGGUCAAACUAACUUUCAUUUUUCAAGUAUUCUGACUCAUACUCUUAUUAGUGUAGGAGACGUGUAGGCUAUCCUGCUACUUCCAAGCAGAAAUCAAUGAACUAAGUCAGCCCCGAUCGUUUUCCUGUCAAGCUAGUUAUUAUUUCUCAAGGAACCUAAAUGUUGAUUAUUACCGAGAUACCUCUGCAUGUGGAAUUAUCAACCAAUUCUGGGUCAGAAUAGAAAUGAACAGACUGGAAAACCCCAUCUCGUGGUGUCUAGUUCUCUGUUUUGUUCAGUUAAAUAGCAUAAGGGUAGACAUUAUCUAAGCUGCUCCUAGUGGUCCCUAAGCUGGGUUUGAAAGUGUUAUCAAAUUUCACCGUUUGGAAACUGGAAGUUGCUGGUAUUUGAGGCGGGAAAAGGGUUGAUCUUGAGCAGCUGCUGAGUCCCUGUGUUCAGUUCCUAUUGGGGAGACUUGACUUUUAUCCGUUUCAAAGUAUUUGUAGGCCAGCUAAGGGCUCACGUUAAUGGGGAUUCAGAUGGCCUCUGUUUAACUCUAAGUUACUGGCUUUUUCUUCAUGAAACCACUUUCAUAGCAUUCUUUUUUAGAGACUUUGGCAGAGUUUUAAAAUUUUUCCUUUGUGGAGAGAACAAAUAUAUUUCAUGACUUUGAUGAUAUCUUCGUUCUGAGCAAAAAAAAAAAAAGGUCCUAGAACCAGCUAGAAGUGAAGAGAAUCCAUUAAUAAUCAACCGCCUGAGUCAAUACUGUACUGAUGUUACAUUGGUGGCUAUUUCUUGCUCACUUUCAAAGGUCAGGGACUCUCUUGACUAAUCUAGGUUGACUGCAAAUGUUCAUUUACUAAAAAUCAUCUAGCCAGAGGUGGAGUAAAAAUCAUCUAGCCAGAGGUAGAGAUUUCUAACUUUUCCUUCCCUGACUAUUGUCUCCUAGCUAGUUAUCUUUUAAGUGUGAGACAGAGUUUUAAGAAACAACUGUACUAUACUGUAAGAAACAGGAUUGUGCAAUCCUGAAGCUCUGUUGUGUUCCUGAAUGCAAUGUGCCAUGUAGUUGAAAAUUUUAGUUUUAUUUACUAGAAGUGGUUGAAGUCGGGGGAAGGGAGCUCAUUGUCCACUGACACAAAAGAGCCAUGAGAAAUGGGAUGGCUGUGAAGUGCUCCGAAUGCUUUGGCAGAGCUCCGUGGGUCAGUCCAUCACAUGAGGAGGUGUUGAAGCCCCAGACACUGUGGGAAUUAAGACCUUGAUUGGGGAGAGACAGAACCCUUUGGAAGGCAUGUGAAGGAGGAUGGAUGGAAGCCAAAUAUGAAAUCGCUUCUUUGCAAUGACUUGACAGGGGAGUUGAGUGUUCCUAGGACACGGUGAACGUUGGUUGGCGGUGAUGCUGCAUUCAUAUAGGCUGCUGAGAAACUGGAGAGGAAAAAGCAUGAGCUGCUAGGGAUAUGAAGAAAUGUGACAUUGCCAAUACUAAGGAAAGACCUCUAGUCUGUGAGCUUUGCUCUGUAGAGCAUAAACAACCUUCUUGUAGUUAGGAGAACAUCAAGGGUUAAAUGCUGGUGCCUGUGGUCAUUUCCAAAGCCAAGACAGAGAAAACCUUGGAGGUCCUCCCAUAGCUCCAUAAUCCAGCCCCCUAAUUGUAGAUAGAGAAAAUGUGCAUCAGGUGGCAUGUUGAGGUGUCCCUCACUCCUUGUAACCAGAACAUCAUGUAAGUGCUGGGAGGAAGUAGGAUAUUGAAGGUGUUUCACCCUAAUCUUAAGGAAUUUCAGUAAUAAGGAGCUUAUUAUCAGCUUAUAAGAUUAGAAAACGUAUGACUUAGCUGGGGAGUUGUCUUCCUUUCCUGGUUUGUUGAUGACUUGGCAUGUGUGAUGUAUAUACCAAGAGAUCUGGUGUUUUAGACUUUUGCCAUUCACCCUGCAUUUCAGUUUCUCUCUUUGCUUAAGUGAUUAAUUUCCCCAAUGUUAACCAAUAUACCACAUGAUAGGACAAAUACGGUGAACAGGAAAACUUGCCUGUAUUUGUAUAGACAUUUUUAGUGCUAGGGCUUUUGUUGUUGUUUUAGAACUUUUCUACUGGAUUAAGAAUGUAGUUCCUGGGACAAUUUUUCUUGCAAAGCUCUUUCCUUACACCUCUUGGCUACAGGGUGGGCCAAAUUAAAUACAUAUAUAUUUUUUUCAUUUCAUGUAUGUGCAGUUUGGUUUAUCAUCUGAAGAUGGUGGUGCUGCUCAUGGUGCUACUUCAUCUGUGUACAAAAGGACCAAGCAUGGUCUGUAUUGCUACCAAAACAUUUAUUGUAUAUAUGUGUAUAACAUGCAUUAUGUAUAUUUGUAACGGGUACCAGGCCAGGUAUAUAUUUUUAUUUAGAAGUGUUUCACUUUUCCAAGUUUUCUUUAGAGUGUUAUGCUUAUUUUCAGUCCCCCUCCCCCCCUGAUUCUGUCUGGUACUUAGAACUGUAGUGUCUUCAUCGUUAAUUAAAGAAAACUGUCUAAAUGAA